CAACCGCAAAAUUGCGCAGCGGUGACGCAUGAACGUGCCUGCUAGUAACACAUUACCACGGAGAAGGUGGCUAACUGGGCUGUGUGGUUUUUUACCCUAGAGGGUCUAGGAGCUGAGAAAAAUGUGAAAAACGUAAACUGGCUUUUACAAUACUGCGAGAGACCUUAGAAAAAUCACAAAUCGCCUCAGGAAUUGAAUGUCGUUCGACUUAUAGCGCUAUUUAUAUUAUUUCCCGGGAUAUCCACGAAAAUCUGUGGGAUCCCAAAUUCGGAUCCUUAUUGCUGUAGAAGGGCCAGAAGCCGAGAAAAAUGCGAAAAACGUAAAAAUGGAUUUAAAAUAUUCCGGGAGCCUUAGAAAAAUCGCCUGCCACGAAUUGAAUCCCACGUACUUUAUGGUAAUUUCUUACCGACAGGCACGUCCACUAUCGCAGAUCAUGCGCCACCGCUAUGAAAUUUUACGAUUAAAGCCGCUCCUUAGCGUCAACCAUUCCCCCCAUAAUCUCAGGAGUACCCACAUUCAUCAGUAUUAUAUUACACCCAAUUAUUACAAAUUCAAUCAUAAUUCUGCGAAGAAAACGAAAAAACAAUGACUCAUAGUAAUUCAUGGAUUUUCCGGCCUUUCCAUUGUAUUUAUUAAUUACCCAGAAUGACCGUACACGUUGAGAUAUUAAAUCUUUAGAAAAUUUGGACGUAGUCGUUUCGACUUGCUAAAAAAGAAAAAGCUAGAAGACAAAUCUGAGAACCCAUUAAUUCCUUUCUCCCCGUAAAUUAAACAAUACAAUGCCACUUGUUAAAUAAUAGAUAACGAACGCCGACCGGGAACAUCAUCGGGAAAAAUAAUAUUAUGUAACAAUAAUUAAACAUAAUAGAAAUUCACCGGGCUCACGAGAGAAAAGUGAGAAUUCCUUCGGCAUGAAUCAAUGGGUGCGUGCAGUCAAAAUGUACUUCACCCUCUUCCCACCACGUGACGCCACUGCAGUCUAUAAAGUAGCCAAAAAUUUUCGGUUUUGCGCGGUGACAGGGUGCUCUGGUUUUUUUCUACUCAACUCUCAAUAACUUCGACUUCAUUAUUGCUACUGGUGAUGUACAAAUGUGACAACGUGACUCUUGAAGUAUCGAGAAGCAAUGGGAGAUUAUUAUUACGAGUUUGUUUGAUGUAGUCGUUGAGCCGUAUCAAACAAUCCACGUGUUUUCCGUGGCGUUCAUCCCCUGAAAAAAGCCGGCUCGAACUGUCUCCGAUAUCUGUGAUUGAAGUUGUGAAGCCGAUUCAUUGCGAUUCCGAGGGAAUGAUCAUGUGACGGGAGAAUUAUUCAUCGAGAAACUGUUGAUCACGAUGGGGAGUUGUGUUGAGGGCAAAUUGCCGUGACUGACAAGUGAUAUUUGACAUUCAUCACUCUAUUUUUUUUAUGAACAAUAUUUACUCGAAAGGGGGAUCAUUGCUGAGUAACAUCCUGCAGAUGAGAAUCCCUUAAGGACAACGCUAGGAUACGAGAUUUUGGCGAAGGGUACGCAGAACAUGCUGGCUUGUACUAUGUAAUUUCACCUGGAGUAGUUGGGCACACGUGCGAUCAUCAACGAAAGCCACCGGUGGAAGGUGACAGUGAGAGGGGUGGAGAGGGGGCAAUCACCAAAGGCAGCAUCAUGGACUCUCAUCAACAACAGUUUUGCCUCAAGUGGAACAGUUUUGGCAGUAAUUUGGCAACAGCAUUCUCCAAUCUUUUUAAAAGUGAAAGCCUCACUGAUGUCACACUCUUCUGCGAAGGAGUGACAUUCAAAGCGCACAGACUCAUUCUAGCAGCAUGCAGCAAACAUUUUCAAGAAUUAUUCGAGGGUAUGCCACCCUCUCCUGCCGGGCUCAUUGUCAUAUUAGAUGGUACGAGUGCCCACAAUAUGGCAUCACUUUUGGAGUUCAUGUAUCGUGGAGAGGUGCACGUAUCCCAAGAGUCACUGAGUUCAUUCUUGAAGGCUGCCGAAUGUCUUCAAGUCAAAGGAUUGUCAAUCGAACACGAAAAAUUGGCUGUGGCCCACAGACAUGUGGCGGAAAAUAAUAAUUCAUCAACGGAGUCCGCAAGUGGUAAUAUCGAAGUUUUGGAAUCCGAUGCGGAACGAGUCAUGAAGAGAGAGCCCACUCCAGCUCCAACACUACCCCCAAAUUAUGUUUCACCGAAUACGUACCACUCACCUCACUACUACGAAAAUUCACAGAAGAGGACACGAUUAAUGAGAUCACCGAGCGAAAUCGAUGCGCUUGGCCGAGUAAGCGUACUAAGAGAUGGUGCGGCGUUCCGACCAGCUUCUGCGCCCCAUCCAUUACUCCUUGAGAACCACCUGUACCAACCAUUUACCCAUUCCUCUGAAAAUCAAACGCAUCCACACACUGCGCCCCAAACCCCCACAGAUAUGGAUCUAGAGCUUGAGCCUGAGAAAUCGAACGAACGUGCUGAGCACAAAGAGAGUGUAGCUGAAGAUCUGCGAAUAAAACAAGAGCCAAUAAUGUUCAGUGAUCGAGAGAGGGCGGAAAAAUUUGCCGAGAGAUUGUCCGCUGAGGUCGGUCGUGGAUUUGAUGCCACUAAUUACUCGUUGAGUGGGGAUCAUAAGGGAAAUAUGGGUUUUAAUCAGGGAGCUUCACUCGCUCAUCCACCGACACCUGACUUGAGUCCAGCUCCACCGACUCCUGCGAGGUGGAACUCUAAAAUUAAUAAGGCGGGAACUGUAACCACACCAGACGGGAAAAAACUCAAGUGCCCAUUCUGUGAUCGUCUCUACGGUUACGAAACAAAUCUCCGUGCUCACGUGAGACAACGCCAUCAGGGCAUUAGGGUCUCAUGCCCAUUUUGUUCACGUACAUUUACACGAAACAACACUGUACGUCGUCACAUCGCACGAGAGCACAAGAAUGAAAUGAGCAUCAAAGCAUUUCAAACAUCAACUCAUCAAGUUGCGGAUACUGUACCGCAAUAAAGAGAAGAGAGAGACAGUAGCGUUAUGAUAAAUUCGAGGAAAUGGGACAGCUAGAACAACGGGAAGCAACUUUAUACCUGUUUGCCAUUUCUUCGGGGCAUGGGUGGGUCAUCUCUCUACAAUUUUCUUGUGAACAACUCUCUGCUGUUCUGUCGGAUCCAGUUAUUCACAUAUUCUAUCCUAAAAUGUUUCCAAGUUGCGAGAAAUUAUUCUAAGCAGUCUUCAAUUAUUGAAGAAUCACUGGUUGAUUUCAAUGUACAAAUUAUCUAAAUGUAAUCAGAGACAAAAAUUGAAAUUUCUUGGAGGGAAAUAUUGAUAUAUAAUGGAAAAUGACAUUCGUCAAGUCCAUUAUUAUCAAUUUCUACAAAGCAGGCUUUUUUCCUCUUCUUAACUUCUCUUUCCAGUCUAGUGUUUUGUGAAUUAGUACAAAGUUUAUCAAUGCCAUGAUAGAGUGGUCUUGGUGAAAAUAGCAUUAAAUAGCAAAAGAAGAAAAUUCAAGUGUGGAAUGGAAGUUAUCAGCGAUAAUUAAUCAUUUUAUUCCGACAAUGGCUAGAAAAAAUGAUUAAAUUAUCGACUGACAGAAAGGAACUGAGCCUAUGAUAUAUGAGAGGGAUUCAAUACUUGGAAAUGCAGAUGAAAAAGGUUUAGCCUUAUGAUUGAAGGAAAUCCUAACAAAUCAUAAAACUAGUCAAUGAAAGUGCAACGUUCAAGUAAAUAUUACCAUUUCAAAGAAUAAUUACCGAUAAAUCAUUCACAAGUGGGUGAAAAACAGCGCAAAGUUAUUGAAUGAAAAUAAAAAAAAAAUACUAUAUUAUAAUCGUGGAAUUUGAAUAUGUGGUCGUGUGUUUGAAAAUGUUGCUGAACGAUAAAAAAAAGGAAAACAAAACAAAUAGGAAAUAUUAAAUAACCAAAUAAUAAUACAAACAAUCCAACUCAGGUAAAUGAUAUACCGAUAAUCGAUAAAAGGGUAUGUUCAAUAUUUUUUUUUAUUAAUUAUUUCUACAAUGAAACAAACUACAAGUGAUAAACACAAAUGUGAAAUACAGUUACUUCUAUUAUACGUAAAGCAGAAAAUGAAAAAUAUGAUGAUGAAUCUUGAUGAUGAAUUCAUCGUCUCAAACUACUGACUGGUACAUAGAGGAUAAAUAUAUACAAAUAGAAUAUAUAUUUACAAAUUUAAAGGACAGACAGAAUAUAUAAUAUAUUGUAUGAUAAACAUUAAUACUGCCAUAAUUGCAAUAGUCCGUUGUUACUGGUUAAUAGUCGCAAUAAUUAUUCAGAUUAUAUUGAAGUGAUGAAAAACACACGUCGAGCCUAGGAUCAAAUUCCAGUUUACCGUAUUGAAUGGAUUGAUUAACAUAAACAGUGCCAAUUAACAGAUUUAAUCAAGAAAAAUAACGUUACCCACGUUGAUGAUAUAUUUUCACGUCUUUGAUUACCAUGUUUUUUCAAUUAUUAUUUUCAAUAGAUAAUUCUCUUUAUACAUAUUUAUAUCAAUGACUAUAGGAUGUUAAAUAUCACGAUUGAAAUGUUUCUAUUAUGAUUAUUCAUUGAGACAGAUAAUAACAAUGUUUAUCUUUAUUCAUAAGAGUAUUAAAUAUCUCGAUUGAAUAAUUUCAACCGUGAUAUUGAACUUUAAAUCGGAUAACAGAAAACAAUAGUGAUGAUAGUUUGUUACAUACUUUACUGAGGGAUUUUUUGUCCCACGUUUAUGAUAGCCAGAGGAUUUAAAAUACCAAUGAGAUGUAAUGAGAUACCUGUUUUUUUUAUUAUAUUGAAACAUAACUGAAGAAAGUUCAAUGUAGCCUCAGAUAAAAUCGAGUCAUAUUAAUCCUAGUCAGGAUGUCAUCACGAUAUUAUUCGUUGCAGUAUUUACAAUUCAUCACAAUUCAGUUGUUUUCAAUAGAUACAUUUUUAUUUUCAAAGCAGCUAAAUGUUUGACUUGUUGGUUCACAACGAUAUGCCUAUCAUAAGUUAUGAGAGACAAUAGAUAUACAGAUUUAUUUAGUGUUGAGAAGCCAAGCCUGGUAUACUUCAGAGUCAAUGAUGAAUAUCAUAUUUAUGAAAUCACAUAAUUAUAGAAAUAUACAUAAUCCGUAACAUGUACUGCCUUGGGGAAACCUGGGGCUUUUGCUCAGAAUUCCGUUGAAUUCUUCUGAAGAAUUUAACUCUGGAUUUUACCAACAAAAGCUCUAGGAUUUUCUGCUCAUUUUUUUUACAGACACAUAAAAAUCUGAUGCAGAGUCCGUAACAACUACCUCAUGGCAUUUUUCAGAAUAAAAUACACGUGUAACAGGUAGCCAGUUGAUGAAAUAAUUGUAAAUUUUCCAUAUUCAAUUUUUUCAUUAUGAAAUAUUCAUUCGUGACAGUUGACAUAAUUCUGGUUGAUGUGUUGCACUGUAGACGUUUGCAACAAUUUGAUUUAAUAAUUCAUUUGCGUAGAGAAUAAAAUGUCGCUGCUAUUGAUUGACAUUUUCGUUGGAUAUUUGUCAACUAAAAUUAAUCCAAUCGCAAGUUUAUAAAACUUUCUAGAAAAUUAUAGAAACAAUCGGGUGACAACGCGAUUAAGAACGAAAUGGUGGAGAUUUCCAUUUUUUUCCAUCUCUUCUCAUAACAAUUAUGAUGAUUCAAGGAAAAAUUUAGUACUAUUUGAAGAUUGUGACUUUUUGGAUUAAAAAAAAAGAGGGUGGGCUUUAGUAACAUUGCGCAAUGUGUCUUAAAGGUGAUGGGGUAGCUCUGGUUUUAUCCUUCAGAUUUUACCCAAGAGGUUGAUGUACAUUAACAAACUUACGUUGCACCUCUGUACCUCUUGUGAAAACCCGUGAUUAAAGAAAUGAAAAAUUUGGGACACGUGUCUUCUCUAUUGUGUACGGUCCUUUACAUAAUUUUCAAGCAAUCUUAGUUGAUCUGAUGAUUUUUUUUUGACGUUAUUGAUGCAUUGCUUAAGUUUUUUUUUUCGAUAUCGUUUGUGCAAUAGGACCCAUUAUUAUUAAGUUGUAUAAAUAUUCACACAAUCGAGAAGUUGAGACGUACUUUUCACACGAUAUUUCAUGACGAUUUACUGGUCAUCUUUAAUGACGAUGUAAAUUACGCUGGGUUUAAUAUGUUUACGGAGUCACGUGUUUUAAAAUUAUUAUAAUUAUGAUUAUUAUUAUUACUAUUAUUGUAAUUAUUGGUUAUUAUUUUUUUUUUCGUUUGUUGACACAUCGAUUAUUCCCAGAAAAAUCGAAUAAAUCGUAAAUUUUUCAAAUUAUUAUCUGUCAUUUGUGUACAUCGGACACGAGAUGCUAAUGGCCACAGGGCAAUUUUUGGCGAAAAAUAUCUAGAUAAUCAAUGUAGAACUAUGUAAAAUUAUUAUAAAUUUAACCCUAAAACUAAAGUUAUUGGGAUAAAAAUGAAUACGUUGAUGAGAAUUUUGUAUAAUUUUGUGAAAAAAAAGGGUUGGCAAUAUCAGAUAGCGUAAACGAGGAAUGAUAACAAGAGCCUUUACUAAUUAAUUUACUUAAUAAUCAAUAUUUUUUUGUAUCAUAUCGAUUUGAGGAUAAAAAUAUUUAGUAUUAUUUUCCUAAUUCUUUGGUACGUACAAUUCUCGUUUAUCGAUGACAUUCAUUUCUCAGAAAUGUAAUUGUUUCUGUAAUUCGUGGCUUUAUUUUCAUUACUGUCGAGGAAUAUUCUGAGAAUGACCAGUUGAAAUUCAUAAUUAAUCAGAGUCAUUUACCAGUGUUUCUCGUAUGCCUUGAUUAUCCCGGUUCUUUAAGGAUUGUACAUAUUGAAUAAAUACAUGGAGCGGAGAAAAUUAUUGUACUACUGCGUAUAAAGUAAUAUGUUGCAUGUUAUUCAUAUGAUAAUAUGUGUUUUACGAAUUGAAAAUUCUUGGUAGAUGUCGUGUAUUAUACAAGCUUUAGUGGAGCGUUCACAGCAAUGGAUUGUAUUCACUGAAGUUUUUUACUUCACAAGAAAAAAAGAAAAAAGCUAUCAGUGAGUAGUCUUCACGAUGUGAACGAAAAACAAGCCUUCGAACUCACGAUAUACGUUUCCCCCGCACAUCACGCCACAAUAUCUUGAACUUCACAGAAAGAAAAUUUUGAAAAAAAGGGAAAAAAAAAUUAAAAAUUAAAAAAAAAUGAAAAUUAUAAAAAAGUUAUUGGUAAAUUAAAUGGAUGUAAUAUACCGUUAUUUUUACCGGGCAUAAUCAAAGGCAAGGAUAAAUCGAGAAUCUAGAUGUAAAAUGACAUCGUUUCAUUAACGAUAGUCAAUGCACACUGGCAAUUAUACAAUUUAGCUCGUGUAGCUGAUUAACAUACCAUAGUGAUAAGAAAAAUUAUUAAAAUGCACGAAUACUUGGUAAAUUAGUUUGUCGCAAUGCGGGACUUCGAUUUAGGGGCGAAACGACGUCCAAUCGUCGUUGUUUAUAGUACAAAAUUAGAUGAAAAAAAAAAUAGGGAAAAAAUAACAUAGAGUUAAGCAUAAUUAUGCAAUUCGUAAUGUUGAAGAGUUAAGAGACCAUUUCUAUUGAUGCUCCCAACACGAUUAAAAAAAAAUAA